CAGCCCUGCUUCACCCGAAAAUAAUGACAGCUGUGAUGACAGACAUAGUUGGCGUUUAAUUCCCGUUUUAUUUUUAUUUAAAAAACUAAGAACCCGGGAUGAGUUACACCGAAAAGCAUGAUGUCGUUUCGAAGGACGAGUGGAUGGCCCUGAUCGAGGAGAACGAAAUCGGCCGUUCCCAAAUGAACAAACUCAUCAUGAACUAUCUAGUGACAGAAGGCUUCAAAGAGGCCGCCGAGAAGUUCCAGCAGGAAUCCGGGGUCGCGCCCGCCGUAGAUCUGCACUCCCUCGACGACCGGAUCAGCAUUAGGGACGCUAUCAUGAACGGCAGGAUCCAGGAGGCCACGGCACUAAUAAACCAGCUCCACCCCGAGCUGUUGGAUAACGACAGAUAUUUGUACUUUCACUUGCAGCUGCAUUUAAUCGAGCUAAUCAGGAGUAAUCGGGUGGAGGAGGCACUGGCGUUCGCGCAGAGCCAUUUGAGCGAGGCGGGCGAGGACGAUCCUUCGGUUUUGCAAGAGUUGGAGAGGACGGUGGCGCUGCUGGCUUUCGAGGACCCCUUGAAUAGUCCUUUCGGGGAUUUAUUGGCGCCGUCUCACAGGCAGAAGAUUGCGAGUGAGGUUAACGCCGCCAUUUUGAAAAUGGAACACCAAGAAACAACGGCUUCAAAAAUUUCAACUCUACUUAAACUCGUGCUUUGGGCGCAAGACAAACUGAACAAAAAGAAUAUCAAAUAUCCAAAAAUGACUGAUCUAGCUUCUGCUACAAUCGAGGAUCCAAAGUAACUCCGUUUUAACAGUUUUAAGUGUGUUAGAUUAGAGUAGUAAAUUAUUGUUAUUAAAUUUAAAUAGUCAUCUUUAAAUAAUUCUA